UGUGCAGCUGUUCCAGCUUCGACGUUUCCAGCCCGCGCACCUCAGGCGGCUGCUAACCAUCGCCGACCCAAUUGAACAGAGCUACAUUGCCGCGCCAGGGUGGCUGGCAUUUUUUAUUUUUAUUUUUUAGAAAGCUCGUUCCCCAAGCUCGGCGGGAGACCACAGGUUCAGUAAAUGGCCUGAAGAGCGAAUCCCCCCGCCUGAUAUUUUCCACCUUCCCCUGAGUGCCGACAACCCACCACCAUGGCCUCGAUCGCAGCCGCCAGCAAGAUGCCGCAAGCAAGGCUGCUGUACAGGCAUGCAGGCCGCUGCGGCGCCUCCUCCCUAUCCCCGACGAGGCGACCGACAGCGCGCCACUACUCCUCCCACGAGACCCCCAAGCGCCCACGCUUUUCGCACCGCCUGCGCGAGGCCCUCAAGAACUCCAAGGUCACUUGGUAUAACAUACCCGUUGGCGUCGGCAUUGGCUUCCUCGGUCUUGUUCAGUUCUACCGCGUAUCCCAGAGGGAAAAGGAGCGCGCCGAGCUCGAGGGCGCCGAUGGGUCCCCAUCCCCUAAGCGGCAGCGUGUGAGGCCUGACGGUCCCUGGCAGGUCCAGAUCAUGUCGACACUUCCUCUCAAGGCCGUCUCGAGAUUAUGGGGCCGCUUCAACGAGCUCACCAUCCCCUACUACCUGAGGGUUCCCGGAUUCAAGCUCUACUCGUUCAUAUUCGGUGUCAAUCUGGAUGAAGUCGAGGAGCUAGAUCUGCACAACUUCCCAAACCUGGCCUCCUUCUUCUACCGCACACUAAAGCCCGGGGCACGGCCACUCGACCCGGACCCGCACGUGUUGCUGUCACCCGCCGACGGCCGCGUGCUGCAGUUUGGCCAGAUCGAGGGCGGCGCCAUUGAGCAGGUCAAGGGCAUGACGUACAGCAUCGAUGCGCUACUGGGAGAGCACACACCCUCAACAUCGGGCAGCAACACGCCCUCGUCCAGUGGAACAAGCACUCCCGCAGAGCUCGGCCACGACGAGGAGAUUGUAAAGCAGGACGAGGAGUUUGCGCGCGUCAACGGCAUCCCCUACACCCUCCCCGGCCUCCUGUCGGGCCCGUCCAUGUCGCAGCCGAGCAGGGACGGCAGAGACAAGGCCGAGGACCAGUCUGUCGCGCCGUCUCCGGCGUCGGUAUCUGAGGUGCGCGCGGACCUGGCGCUGGCGGAGAAGCCGUGGUACUCGAUGCUGUCGGAGCAGCGCAAGACCAAGCUCUACUACGCCGUCGUGUACCUCGCCCCCGGCGACUACCACCGCUUCCACUCGCCGACCAACUGGGUGGUGGAGCGGCGGCGGCACUUUGCGGGCGAGCUCUACAGCGUGUCGCCGUACCUGCAGCGCACGCUCCCGGGCCUGUUCACGCUCAACGAGCGCGUGGUGCUGCUCGGGCGUUGGCGCUACGGCUUCUUCUCGUACGUGCCCGUGGGGGCGACAAACGUGGGGUCCAUCAAGGUCCGGUUCGACCGCGAGCUGCGCACAAACAGCCUCCUGACCGACACGGCGGCCGACCGGGCGGCCGAGGAGGCGGCGGCCCGCGGGGAGGUCUACUCGGGCUUCUCCGAGGCCACGUACGAGUCGGCCAGCCCCGUGCUGAGGGGCCACGCGCUGCGGCGCGGCGAGGAGAUGGGCGGCUUCCAGCUCGGGAGCACCAUCGUGCUCGUGUUCGAGGCGCCGGCGAGGGGCAAGGGCGGGCGCGACGGCUUCUCGUGGGCCGUGGACAAGGGGCAGAAGGUCAAGAUGGGGCAGGCGCUGGGGCGGGUGGACGAGGAGUGAGCGAGGGCGUGUUUUGGGACGGAUUGGCUGAUACCGCCCUGAUUAUAUAAAAAGCCAAAAAGCAACAGCAAGUGUAUGAGGUCGAAAUAAGAAGGGGUUGGUGGGAUUUGCAGUGACAUGCACGUCCCGAUGCACUAAUCAUACGCGCGAGCCACUUGGCUUUCCAGUCAGCAUCCGCGUGACCUCGAGCUCAACGACAUUCGAUUUCUAGAGGAUAUUCAAGAGUGCCAAGCUCCAGGUAUCAUUGAUCUAGCCUUGUCUAGGUUUCUUGCUUGGAAUAUAUACAGUCCAAAAACGCAAACGCUUUCAUGUCUUUUUUUUUUUUUU